UAAACAAAAACAAAAAAUUACUGUAAACAUGAAAGGAAAUGUAGCUAUACCUGUUGAUGAUAGUGAAACUGAUGCCAUGUUCUCCGCUGAAGCCCUGGAUGUAAGUGACCGCCAAAAUGAACCCAUGAAGCUGGACAUCGGAGAUGGAAUGACCAUCACUGUGACUGAAGUCGAUCCCAGUUUUAAGUCGGAGCCUUACGCUGAUAAUAACAGUCCUGAAAGUAUCGGCAGUUCACAGGAGAGUAAUAACGAAGAGAGAGCCGAAUGGGGUGGGAAACUGGAAUUCAUAUUGACAUGUGUGGGGUAUGCUGUUGGUCUCGGAAACGUCUGGAGAUUUCCUUAUCUGUGCUACAGAAAUGGCGGAGGCGCCUUCCUGAUCCCGUAUACCCUAAUGUUGGCUCUGGUUGGCUUGCCUUUAUUCUACAUGGAGUUAAGCUUGGGACAGUACGCCAGUCUAGGUCCGAUUGCAAUCUGGAAGCUCAGCCCGUUAUUUAAAGGACUCGGAUACGCCAUGGUGAUCGUGUCGCUGUUGAUUGGUCUAUACUACAAUGUCGUCAUUUCUCAUGUCCUCUACUAUUUAUUUAAAUCCUUCACCGAUGUUCUACCUUGGGAGUCUUGUGGCAACAGCUGGAACACCAACAGUUGUCUGCCCUUUGACCAUUAUGUUGCCAGCCCUAAUGCAUCAGAUUCCAAUUCAAGCAUCUCUGCCCAUCAAGUCUCUUACAAGACACCAACUGAAGAAUACUACAGGCGCAACGUGUUGAAUCAGUCAGAGAGCAUCGACGACUUCGGAACUGUGGAAUGGCAUCUCGUAAUUUGCCUUUUCGUUGCCUGGCUUGUUGUUGGUUUAGUCCUGUUGAAAGGCAUUCAAUCUCUCGGAAAAGUGGUGUAUUUUACUGCCAUUUUCCCGUACGUGAUGCUGACAGUGUUAUUCGUCCGUGGCGUAACCUUGCCGGGUGCUUCGAAGGGCGUGUUGUAUUACCUCAAACCUGACUUUGAACGUCUUCUUGAUCCGCGUGUAUGGAGUGACGCAGCCACCCAGAUUUUUUACUCCCUCAGCGCAUGUUCCGGGGGUCUGAUUGCCAUGUCUAGUUACAACAAGUUCAAUAACAACUGUUACAGGGACGCUCUCAUCGUCUGCUGUAUCAACUGUGGUACUAGUGUGUUCGCUGGUCUUGUCAUCUUCUCUGUCCUCGGCUUCAUCGCCACGGAGAAGGACGUCGAUGUGUCGAAGGUUGUUGACGACGGUCCUGGAUUGGCUUUCAUUGUGUAUCCUGAAGCUUUAGCCAGAAUGCCUGUCGCCCCAAUGUGGUCUGUGUUUUUCUUCAUCAUGAUGGCCACUCUCGGAUUCGGAUCUCAGUUUUCUAUCGUCGAGUGUGUAUUCAGUUCCGUGUCAGACGAGUUUCCAAUUCUGAAGGUCAGCCGUAACAAUAUCAUCUUCCGUAUCGUCGGCUGUAUCGUGUUCUUCCUCCUCGGUCUACCAAUGAUCUGUCGCGGAGGAAUAUGGAUGCUCAACCUUGUGGACUACAGCGUUGGGGGAUUCCCUCUGUUGGUUGUCGGAUUCAUGGAGCUGCUUAUCAUCACUAGAAUAUAUGGUUACAAUGAAUUCUCCGAAAAUAUACACGCCAUGCUUGGAAUAAGACCAAACAAAUACUGGGAGAUCUGCUGGAAGUGGGUGUCACCAUUCGUUGUGUUUGUAACAGUCAUAAUGAACAUCGUUUUCUUCAAGGAGCCAGAUCUAGACAACGUGACGUAUCCUAGAUGGGCUGUCAGUUUGGGGUGGCUUAUUGCCAUGUUCCCUGUGGCUGCCAUUGUUAUUCUUGGUUUACAUUACUUCUGUUACAGUGGUGGAGUACAGGUGCUAAAAGAUUCAGUGAAACCUCUACCUACAUGGGGACCAGCAGACAAGACCAAGGGAGAGUACCCUUUCAUGAAAUAUGACGUGACUUUCGCUGCAGGUGAUGUCGGUUAUAACCCAGCAUUCGCUCGUCUCAUGGGAAGUAACAUAUCAACGAGUACAAAUAGUACUGACGUCACAAACAUUGGUGCAUCAGUGAAGACGGUAAACAGGAUACCCGGAAACGGAAGUAUAGGAGGGUCCACGUAUAUAUUUUCAUCUAACCGUUCUAGGGAACCAAGCGAGUCGAAAGUAUGAUCAUAACAAAACUAGUUAAAAGUUGUGAGAAUUUGAUUUGUUGUUAAAAGUUGUAAGUGAGUGUGUUUGCAAGAUGCUAUGACGAUGAUGUGAUCAAUAUCAACAAUGCAAUGUGAAAUAUACAUGUGUUCCAAUCUAUAAGAUCCAUCGUGAAUUUUAUCAUAAACGUUGUGAUGUUUUUAAUGAGUCCAAAUUGCAGACGUUGACGAAGUACAUAUGUGACAUCAUUUGACUUCCGGAAUCUUGUCUCUUAUUUGCUUUAGUGUUGGUCAAUGUAGUGUAAUCAUGACUCGACAAAUGCUGUGUUAUACAACACACGCUAAGUAUGUUGCCCGUUAUGUCAUACUAAGGGGACACCAUAACAGAUAAGAUCUAUUGAGUUAAAUAAUGUCUUCACUUUUCGUUUGGCGUUAUGGUUGAAAAUUUUUACUUAAACUUCAUACUUCAUCAUUAUUUAUUUCAUAUCAGUUUCAUUUGUGGUCUUCACAAUAUUGGGCAUUUCACAGCGGAGAUCUGGGAUCAAGGUGUUAAUUCUUAACGAAGUGAAACUAUCCACAUUUAUAGUUGCGAGCAAUGCUAGUAAUUUUUAAUAUGUGCAAAAGACAAAACGCUGUUUCCUUUGUUGCAUGUCGAAAUGAUUAUAUUGUCUGAACCAGGUAAACUUAUGUUGUACUACGAACACCACCAUUAAAACAUAUUUUUUUCUACAAAUAUUAUUUUUGAAAUUCAAAUGAUUGUUUUAUGGACCAAGCGUUGAUAGAAAUGUGUGAAUAUAAUGUAUGAUUGUGUGUAGUUUUACGCUCAAUAUCACUGUUGCUGCGUAUGAUUAUCACAACAAUGUACCUGGAUCAUGUGUCUGAAUUGCUCAGGGGUAUGGGAGUUAUUAAUUUGAAUUGAGUUUCCUGAAACCGUAAAUAUGUCGAUCAUUAAGACAAGAGUGUGUAUGUCAUUGAUGUGUCGUGGAUAUGUCGUGAAUUCUAAACCCCUGGAUUUUGUGUUACGGUAAUGUCGCGACUGUAUGGUAGAUGAAAGUUCUCCAAAUUAAUUGGAAUCAGUUAAGUGACAGUUAUAUCUCUGAACCCUUACAACCUGUUACUAUAUGUGUGUACACAUUACUGCGGGAAAAGGUGCUACUUUUGUGGAGUGUAGGCAUCUUAAUCAUUUCGACAUUGAUAUUAGUGAGAAACAUGAAACGUAAAUGCCUUCAUGGUUUGAACCACGUUUCUUUUUUUUUCAAUAUAAAAAUUCAAUCUAAAGUAGGGUUUUCUGUCGACAGAAGAUCGUUUGAGAUAAGUUAGGGUUUAUAUCAGCAGAAGAUGGUUAGAAAUAUGUUAGAUUUUAUAUCGACAGAAGAUCGUUAGAAAUAUGUUGGGUUUAGGUCGACAGAAGAUCGUUAGAAAUAUGUUAGGGUUUAUG